GCUGGAGUGAGAGACCAGUGUGACAAUUAAGCUAGGCAGCUUUAUUAGCCUCAGUCAUUGUGUGUGGUGUGACAAACGGUGCCUUGUGGUAGUCCAGUGCGCUCUGUGGGGGAGGGAUACACUGAAUGUUAUUGUUCUCUGUCCAGGAAAUAUAAAUGUGAUAGGCUGUCGCAGUUUAGCUAUGAUUGUCCUGAUGAGGGAUGUACCGGUACUAUGAUUUGAAUUGUGCAAAUGACAUCAAUGCGAAAGCAUCGGAGAACGUAAACUCAGUCAAGAUGGCGGAAGGUGCUUCAGGCAGAGGCAUCGCAGACGGGAGCCCCGGAGUUGAGACAGAUCUUCCAAGACAAGAAGGUCAACUGAAAAGCUCUUACAAGACUGAAAACCGCAAUGCAAGCAACAACAACCUGGUUGAGGAUUCCACGACAAAACGUUGCAGCUGCUGCCCGUAUGGCUACCACAUAGAUCUAGACUUCCUUGACUUCUGUCAGGACAUCUCCUCAGGAGCCAACCUGAAGAAAAUCAAGAAGGUCAAGAGGCCGCGACCCAGACACGAGGCUGUCAAGAGUAUUAAACCCCCGCCGCCGAUAGUCCCACCGAGAUCAGUUUCUGUCACUCAACAUAAGAAGUGGAAGCGCCAACGCGACAAGCUUGAGGCCGAUAAAAUCCUGGAGAAGGAAAAUGCCGCAUUUGUGGCCACGUACAGCCAGUUCGCAAACUUGAUUCGUCGGCGGUACAUGAGCGAAGGGUUGGACUUUCCGGAGGGCCCAGAUGGCAGGGAUUACGUGCCCAUGGACACCCAGAGUCUUCCAGCUUUUCCGCUGGAUGUGAGCCUGAGUGAUGUGGAAACUGAGAGUGUGUCCUCUUGUUCCAACAUCCCACCAGUGGCAGACAGGAGACGCAGCCAUCCCGUGGGGCACCCACUGGAUGACGAAGACAUGAAUCGCGACAACUACCUGGGCAUCCCGCAUCACCUCCUGGCCACCAACCUCCUCAGGAUGUCCUCUCAAAGUGGAUCUAACAGCUCCUUGUCCUCCACUUCCUCAAUAAACUUCUCCCAAUCUUCUGUUGGGAAUCCAAACAGCUAUGGGCAGGGGGCAAUGCCUUCCCCGCAGCUGGGACAGGGCUUUUUCCAAAGUCUGGAAGGCUCUCAGGCUUCCGGUCGAUCAACGCCAUCUUCAAUCAGCGCCUCGGCACUUGCUGGUGUCCGACAGCAGAUGGCAGCAGCUCUUGUCCGGUUGAAGCAGCUGGAGGACCAGGUCAAGGCCAUUCCUGUCCUCCAAGUCAAGAUCUCGGUCCUGAAAGAAGAGAAGCGACUCCUGAUGCUGCAGCUAAAAGCCAAGAACAAAAAGCCAGACUCAAGGGAGAUUGGAGUGGGUGAUGGGAUCGUUGAAUGGAAUAAGAUUACUUUAAACGGGUCCGAGACGGAAAUUGGAAAUCUGGAGGACUUUCAGAGCGAGGAUCUUGUUACCAGUCAACCUCAUAUUUCAGCAGUCAGUGCCUUGCAGAGAAUUGGCAAAACUAAGUCAGACCCCAGUGCCAAGAAAGCAAUUGUGAAUCCUGUCCAAAGAUACCCAGUUGAUACAAGAUCUGUCGGGAUCGACACAAAUUUGGUGAAAUCAGAGACAAAAUCGGUCGGUAUAAACGUGACUGCUGAUGAUAGCUCUGAUCAGCCUGACGCAUCACACCAAGCAAAUGGUUGGAAUGGCCAGCCGCUGCAUGACAGAGUUAUGUCAGAGACUAAUGUUAUUAACGUCAGCAGUGUUGCCCAGCUUCACUCCUCACCACCUCCACUUAGAGACUAUGACAGUUACAACAAUAUGCAAGGAAAAGCCGCCGCUCAGGAAAAGUACAAACGUGCAAUGAUGUCACCUCGAGUCAACAGCCUCCCGGAUUUGAGUUUUUCUCCUCCGCCCGUAUCACCAAAACCAAGAAUCCGGAGUAUUGGAGUCAACACCGAGUUGAUGGAGUCCCGUGAAAAAUCAACAAUGGUGCUGCCUCAGACUAGAAGCCAGCAGACAAGCACCAUUUACGUGACACAAGUGGAGCAGGGAGUAUCGACUGAGAGAAACGUUACAAAUCAAGGAGUUGUUACGGAUAAGGCAGUGUUUUUGGAGCGCACAACUAACACUGACAAUGCAAUCAGUAAGGACCAGUCUACCUCCAUGGACCCCGUGGUCUCGUCGUGCAGAGAUCGCGGUUGCAACACGGACAUCAUCCAAAAGCGGAUUUCGGCUACAAACACUGGCCCCAUGGUGCUCAAGAAACCAGUUCAGAGUAUCGGUUGCAACACAACUGUCGUCGAGUUUGCCUCUAGAAAAAUUACAAGGGAUUCGGGGACCCACCCUGUGUUCUUGCCAGUGUGCUCUCAGUCCACAAAUACAGAGGGAGUGGAAUGUGUGGACUUUGGAACGGGGACGCACAUCAUGGUGCAGGAUUCUAGCACUUCGACAUCAUCCCCACAAUUGAAGGAGCAGUGCGUGGGUGUGGACCUACGGGUUCAAGUACAAACUGUGGACCACUUCACAUCGACUGAGAGUGUUGCUUUAAGCGACUGCACAACAAAUACAGAGAAAACUGAGGUGACAAGUCAAGGCGUUGAUUGCAUUGCGGAGAUCCUCGAUAGCUACACAUCCAUGGACUCUAGUCAAGUCAGCGAUGAAUCAACUAACACAGAAAGAGUUGCUCAAUCGCACAGAGGAGUCAACUGCAUACCAGUCACAACAGAAAGUUUCACGGCUACACUUUCCACUGAGGUUAGCGAUGGUGCAACAAACACAGACGGUCCGGACAUGUUGAGCAGAGGUGUGGACUGCAUCGUGGAAACUUCUGACAAGUCCGUGGAUGCUGUGGACCUUCUAGUGGAAUCCGUGGUACCUUCAACUGAGAUUGUCACAGAACAGAUUGUAGUUCAGACUGUGGACAGUAACCUCAUGGCAGCGAUGCCAGCAAUGGCAACAUUGAAACCAGAGACUGCUGAUAAAGCGCUUUCAGUGUCGAUAACGGCAGAAACAGCAGAGUGUGGUACAGAAAUGGCAAUGCUGAAGUUUGUUGACGAUGGGACCAUGUACGAGUCAUCAGUAUUCACCAGUGAAUUUGGAAUGAUCACUGACCAUCUUGGACUGGACAUGGGAAUGAACACUGACCAUCUUGGACUGGACAUGGGAAUGAACACUGACCAUCUUGGACUGGACAUGGGAAUGAACACUGACCAUCUUGGACUGGACAUGGGAAUGAACACUGACCAUCUUGGACUGGACAUGGGAAUGAACACUGACCAUCUUGGACUGGACAUGGGAAUGAACACUGACCUGCAGGAACUGACCAGCGUUGGAUGUAACACACCAACGCCUCCCACGGUCGCUGAUGCAGGGGUAGAGGCCGAUCUCAUCGAAAAGGUCACCAGGCCAAAGGUUAGCUCUGUGUCUACCAGUAUUGACUUGGACGACGAUAUGUCUGUUUCAGUUGGUGUCGGCAACUGCUCUGUCUACGAUACGAUCUGUGACCGCUGCACCAAUCUGGUCACGUGCAGUGUUGCCGUUGGCCCGACUGAUGCUACUUCGUUGACAAGAACGAUUGGCACAAAUUACAGUGUGAUGACCAGAACUGUUGGUGUGGGACACAACACUUUCGCUGAUCAAUCGGCCAAUAGCGACAAGGCGGUGGGCGAUCAUGACAUCCGCGAGCCCAUGUGCAACAUCUGCGACCGGCCGAUCAUGAAAACUGUCGCCACGGAGAUAGUCGGUCCCGAGACUCGCAGUCAUGCAGUCGGGGAUGGAGUGGUUACCAGUCAAAUCACGGAAGGGGUUGGCGACUGCACGAUAACAGACCGUGUCUGUGAGCACUGCGACAAUAUGACCGUGUCAUCUGUAGGCGUCGGAAACUCGGACAUUAGCCAAUACACCAAGACGCAAGGGGUGCAAGUCGACAGUGCUGGAUUUGUACCCAUUGAGCUUCCUGUAACGCAUUCAGCUGCCACGGGAACCCUAGCCCAGCGACAACAGCGUCAUUCGACGGAAAUCCAAGCUAUCCUUGCAUCUAGUUCCGAAGAACCUCACCCAGUGUUCCUUUCACAGGUGCGCUCACCUUACCAUGAAUCAACCUCGUCAUCUGAAGAAGUUUCGGAGUCCUUGGUACAAAGGGAAUAUGUGGAUGUGGAGAAGUCGUCACUGAUCGGUCCUCUAGAGGCAGGAAACAACAAUCUGUCUAAGAUCGGUUACGGAGGAGGGAAAGCUGGAGAAUGGCACGGGCAGGAAGGUCACACGACCUCUUCCAUGGCAACCUCCACGGAGCAGACCUUUUAUCCCUCCGACAUCUCGCACCAAGUCACCUCCACAAAGACCGUCCAGUCGACUCGUACGACCACCAGGCUAAGGACAGAGAUGCAAAGACCCACCCACGGGCUGGACUUUGAGGACGAUGAAGAUUUCAUGACUGCGGGCUUUGCUAAUUUGCACGCAAUACUGGCAGGGGCUAGUCCACAGUCUAGGGAGGGGUCGAUGGCGAUGGAAGCUUCCAUUCGGGAGAGGGAGGAUCAGCGCAGACCUGGGAUGAAGGACACAACUUUGAGACAUCGGGUUGUGAGUUCCAGCGAGGACUCAUCCGACUCGGAAUCAGACACAAGCACAGAGAGCUCCACGUCUGAGACCACAUCCACGUCGGUAGAAGGUGGCUCCUACGACGGACAAGUUGUCAAGCUGGUCAAGAAGCGGCAUGACAGGAAGAGUAAAAAGAACGGCACGGGAAAGACGAGGUCGCAGGACAGACCCAGAUACACCAUGAGCACUGAGAUGACCAAAGCCUGCAACGCGCUGGGCAAACUGCUGGAGAUGUCUGGCGAUAGUAACGCUAAGGACAUGUCAACCUGCAUGGCAACCAUCGCCAAGGAGUGGUUCCGCGUGACAAGCCAGAAGACAUCAGAGCCCCUGGAAGUGGAGGACAUGCUGACCUCCCUCUCUGGAAUGGACAAGGCCGUUCUGGAGAAGAUCAUCAACACAGCUGAUGCCAAUGGCAACACAGCGCUUCACUACUCCAUCUCCCACGGCAACUUUGACGUCGUCAAUCUCCUCCUUGACUCCCACGUCUGCGACGCAGACCGGUCAAACCGUGCCGGCUACACGGCCAUCAUGCUGGCUUCCUUAGCCGAGAUGCAGAGCGAGAAACAGAGACAGUCGCUGGCCAAGCUGUUUCACCUGGGCAACGUGAACGUCCGGGCAACACAGGCUGGUCAAACAGCCUUGAUGUUAGCUGUGAGUCAUGGCAGACUUGACAUGGUCAAGUUGCUCCUUGAUGCAGGGGCAGAUGUCAACAUCCAAGAUGAGGAUGGGUCGACGGCUUUGAUGUGCGCCAGUGAACAUGGGCACCAGGAGAUCGUCAAGUGCCUCCUGGCACAUCCACAGUGCGACCCCACGCUUCUGGAUAAUGAUGGUAGCAGUGCCUUCUCAAUCGCCAUGGAGGCAGGCCAUAAGAACAUCGGUGUGCUCCUGUACGCCCAGCUCAACUUUGCCAAGCAGACCGGAAGCCCGAAACGAAGAGCUCAAAGUGCUUCCCCUAGAUUUCCAGCCUAUACCUAUAGCUUUAUAAACCUGUCAAGGAGUGCCGUUUCCCCAGGGCCUGUCUCACCCAGUCCGUCACCCAGUCCGUCAAUCUCCAGCAUCUCCCCGUGCCCCUCCCCGUCCCUGUCCACCGCCAGUUCCCUCAGCGACCUCAGCCACCAGUCUGGUGCCUCCCAGGCCUCCAGCCGCAGCCGGUCGGUCAGCCCCAACUCCCGCAUCCCCAAGUUCCGUCAUUUCACCCAGGCCCGCCCCUCGCACCUCAGCAUGUCUUCCUCUGCGCUUCACCGGACCGGGGGCGCUGCCACCGCCGACAAGACCCCCUCCCCCAGGGGGAGCUUGCCCUCGCUGCGUUCGUCAGGCCGCGGGGCCAAGACAGGGAUCAAGAGCCCUAGCCAGCGACUCACCGGAUCUGUGACAGGAUCCCAGAGACCGUCCAGCAUCGGAAACAAACAGCAGGCCAGUCCCACGAAAAAAGUAGGGACUUUGAAGACUGCCAAAUCGCUGGAGAAAUUUUCAACCAUGUGAAGAGAGAGAAACUCGCAUUCAUAUUUGGAAAUCUCACUUCUAUCUUCUUAACCCAAAAUGUACUCAAAUAACAUUUUUUAAUCCCAGUGUAGAAUUCAAAAUUUCGGGAUCUGAAAACUUAAAUGAUAACUAGCUGUGCCUUACUAAUGAUUGAAGGAACCCACAGCAGAAAACAAUUUGAAACUGUAUUUUCAUAACGACCCUUAUAUUUGACAUCAUUUUUACCUGGUAACUUGUCAGAAAUUAAAAGUUCAAUAAAUUCCUACAUUCAACCACCAUUCGAUACUUAGAAUGAACAAAAUGGGCUUCCGUCUGUUAUGGUAGGUUUCUGAUCACCCACUUCCAUUUUAUACAAUUUUUAUAGCGAGUCCAGAAUUGACUUUUUUGAAAAUUCAUGUCUCUUUUAUUAUUGCAAAUAUACAUUUUAAUAAGACGCGAGACAUUUUUAACUAAAUAAAACAAACAGUUGCUGGCCCUUUUAAAUCCUACUUUGAAACAUUUUGACCUUGACAUCUUUUUAAAAAGAAAUGGUUGAGAAGACAACUGAAAAUAAGCGCGAAGUUCGGCAAACGUAUAAGGCACUGGGACGAUGUAUGUUUUUUUUAUGGUUUGUUUAGCAUGCAAAAUUAUUUAUUGUCGUUCAUGUUUUGAAUGGUUUCUGGAGAGUUUUAUACAUUGUACAGUUUGUGAGUAUGUGUAAAUAGGUUCAUUUUGAGUAUUGGAACGGUUUUCAGAUUUGACACGGUCGUAUAUGUUUUUAAAACAAAUGCUCUCAUUUUAAUUAAAAUGUCUAUUCACUAGUGCAAAUAUUUUAAGCAGGUUUUAAAAAGGACUGUUCAUUGUCUAGACGUGUCACCUGUGGCACGGUUGCCUGUAGUGAUAAGUUUUGCUAUAGAGAAGUAGUGGUUCCGGACCAAUAUGGCUGCCGCUGCAAGGACAGUUUUGCAUGCACUCACCUACAUGCUGUAACUCCUGCUGGAAGUGUUGACUGGGAAAAAUAGGCAGGAUAAUAAGUAUAAAGUUGGAAUGUUCUCACAUUGAGAGGUAAGCUAAAUGCAAAUUGGAAUGCACAUUUCAGCAUUGCAGAAACUAUUUUACAGUGGCUCUUGAGUUUAAUUAAAAUAAUCUUGCUCACAUCAAACAAAAUAUUACAGGCUAGUUGUCUGUUGCCUGACAUACACCGUAAAGUUACAAAAAUCCUUGCCCGUGUGUUUUGAUGUACAUUUUUCUGUAAUUCGUGCUCCUAAGAAACAAUAAAUUUGAAACAAAUCAGGCUUAAUUUACCAUCGAAUCAAUCCCAGACAGAUUCUCCCCAAAACGCUUCUGUGAAUUGCAUGAUGAAGUUCCAAUUUGAAAUAGUUUUGAGGCAAAUUUGGUCUGAACUGAGCAAGAGAUGACAAUUUUACAUGUAUGUUUUUUUUUAAAUGUGUAAAUUGGCAUGUUUUUAAGAAAUCAUUCAAAGAUUGGGAGAUCCUUUAGUGCUCUUGCCUUGUAGAUUUGUAUAUGACCGAAUUUGAGUUUGAAGUCAGAUUUUAAAAUGGCAAUUUUCUUGGCAGAUACUUAAGAAAUUAUUCUCAAUUGUGCGUUUCUGCUUAAUUGUCCUAUUGAUCUAAGAGCUGAUUAAAUCUUGUUAGAUGUUGGCUUUCGUGUACAUGUAUGUAGUUUUGACUACCGGUAGUUUGCCGGUAGUUAGAGAUGAUACUCGAGUAAGUUUUCAUGGUAGUAAAUUGCAUAAAUGCACUUAAUGUUUGCUAAAAUGUUUUAUUCCCAGAAUUAUACAUUACAUAAUUAUCAUAUGUUUUCUGUGAGUUCAAAACUGACGUUGCAUGGUUUUUCAUAGAGACUUUAUUUGAAGUUCAUAUUAUCAACAAAUUAAUGUAAAAAAAAAUGUUUGAUGCAGAAAUGUUCAAUCGUAUUAACCUGUUAUAUGAUGACAACUACUUAAAAAUACACCUUGCUGAACAAAUGUUUUAAAUUAGCUGUUUUUCCAUGGACUGAAGUGACAAAAAUAUGACAUUGCUUCCAAAAAUCAUGCAUCUCUACGAUACGUCCCACCUUUUUAUGAGCAUUUUUUACCCUGCUUUCAUAUUUCCUGUUCUUCUUUGUGUUUUGAAUAAACAAAUGAGUUUUGGCACAUAGUACCCAUGUUUAACAAUAUAUAUAUAUUUUUGUAUUCUUUAUAUUUGAGUGAUUUUGUUUUAUUUGCGGAAAGGCAAAUUUCUCAUCAAAGUUAAUUCAAACAAUUUGGCUGGCCACAGACAUACAGGGUCCCCCCCC